UGUGGAAUUAAGACCAGCCGUGGAUGGGUUAAUAGCAUAAUUUUUAUAAAGAAGCUGAAGUGGGAGGUACCGGCCCUUUGUUAUUAUUACAACUUUGCAGUUUUAAGUGAGAGCCGGUAGUGGUAGAAAGGGCCCUGCUGAUCAUGUAUCACUUAAUGAGUGCGUUUUUCCAUUGCUUUUUAAUCCUGCUGCCUGUUCCAGUGCCAGAUUUCCUUUGGCUGGGGUAUAGGUAUGAAGAUAUGAGGGUUAGUUAUCCAUGCGGAAAAAAGAGGCAUUUAUAUUGUGGUAGGCAUGAUGGCAAAGAGGUAAGGGGUCAGGAGACUACAUUAAAGCCUUUGGCUGUUCCGGCUUCUGAUUUUUGGAGAUGGGCUGUAAAGAGGUUCUGGUCAGUCUGCCAAGCUGGGAACUGGCAUCUGUGUUCUCCGUUUAUGCUGCAGACUAUAAGGAAAAGCCUGGGCUUUUCAAAGCCAAACAAAAUGGAAGCAAUGCGACAGCUAAAUGUAAAGCUGAUCACCAAUGAGGACUGGCAUAAUACCCAACUAGAGUCUACUAGUCUGGAGUCCCCUGGCACCCAUACAUCUGGCGCAGCAGUGGAGGGACCCACUCUUCCAUCCCUAUUUGGGAUAAACAAGGCCAGUGUUCUGGAGGCCAGCCCAGGGGAAGAGUUUAGCAGUCUGACACCAGCAAAUCAGAUUGAUGUGUGUGAGCAGAUUUCCAGAAUGGUCUCUAAACCUGUGGUGUCCUCAGGAACAGAGUUUGACCAGAUCCUGGAGGACAGUUUGCUUACUGUGCUAGAAGAUGGUGGGGAUACCAGUGCCCUUUAUGUAGUAGAUGAAUGCCAGUCUGAUGAGGAUUUGAGCACUCUCUGUGGAUACCUAGGUGACUUGAUGCCUGCUAUCAUGGCAGAAUCAUGCCAGCCUACAGAAGGAAAUGGCUGGGUUCCAUUACAACCCACUGACAAAAUGGAGUCCUUCUCAAUGGAUUGGCCAAAUCUAGAUCUUGCAGAAAGAAUGCCCUUACAAAUCGAUUUGGGAUUUGGGACAUUUCCAGGAAUUGAGUGCUAUGGCAUUGGGAAUCAUUUGGGGCAAAUUAUUAUAAAUCCUGAAAGUGCUGAAAAUGAGGAUCAAGAAAAAGGCCUAAUGGAAGCAGGAGACUGCAGUGAGGAUGAUUCUGCCAGACAAGAUAAAUACAGCGGGGCAGCUACUAGUGGAGGAGAGAAUGAUGGAGAUGAAUUAGACCAAGACUGGAAGCCUCCUGAUGCUGAGCUGAUACAGAAACUCAUUACGCAAAUAGAGUAUUACCUUUCUGAUGAAAACCUAGAGAAAGAUGCCUUCCUUCUAAAACACGUGAGAAGAAACAAAAUGGGAUUUGUCAGUGUUAAACUACUCACCUCCUUUAAAAAGGUUAAACACCUCACUCGGGACUGGAGAACCACUGCAUAUGCUUUGAGAUAUUCCAACCUACUUGAACUAAAUGAAGACAACAGAAAAAUUAGACGAAAGACCCCAGUUCCUGUUUUUCCAAGUGAGAACCUUCCUAGUAAGAUGCUUCUGGUUUAUGAUCUUCACUUCAUCCCAGAGCUGAACUGUUUAGGCAAGGAGCAGGAGAAUGGGGGCAUGCAAGAAAAGGUCAUGGAGCACCUUUUGAAAAGCUUUGGGACUUUUGGUGUUAUUUCAUCCAUUCGUAUCCUAAAACCAGGCAGAGAUCUUCCAUCAGAUGUAAAGAGAUUUAGUAGUAGAUAUUCCCAGGUUGGAACCAAAGACUGUGCAAUUGUAGAAUUUGAAGAGGUGGAGGCUGCUAUUAAGGCACACGACACAUUUAAUGUAGAAAGUGAUACAGAAGAUGGCCUUAAGGUAGUUUUGAUUGGUAUGAAGCCUCCAAAAAAGAAAAUACAGAAAGACAAAAGCAAAGAGGAAGACUCAAAGAAUGUGCGCAAAAACAAGUCUCUCAAUAAGCGAGUAGAGGAACUACAGUACAUUGGGGAUGAGUCCACAGUGUAUAGUUCUUCAGAACCUGACAGCAAUCCCACUUCACCUAUGGUAGGUCGUAAAAUCCAGUCAACCAACAAGCUAAGCCCAUCUGCUUACCCAAACAACCAUCUGAGCCCCAAUGCUUCUCCUAGAAAUAGCCCAUGGAGUAGCCCUUGUGGACAGCGUAAAGGAGUAAAACAUUCCCCGCUGGCAGAUAGUAUGAGCCCAGAGAUUUCUCGAAAAUGCACAGAAUAUUCCUCCGAUAGCAGUAUCACUCCAUCCAGUAGUCCCUGGGUUCAGAGAAGAAGACAAGCUCAAACUGUCACCCAAGAAAAAAGCCCAGUUGGCAGCCCAAUGUUAGGACGGAAAAUACAAAAUGCAGAUGGAUUGCCGCCUGGUGUUCUAAGGCUUCCAAGAGGUCCUGAUGGUACAAAGGGUUUCCACAAUGGAGGUGAAAGAAAUAAGCCUGUUCAUUGUUUAUGAAUGCUAUGCAACAUUAUGGAACUGGCUGUAACAGCCCCUUCUAUACUGCCAGGUCCUGUAAUGCAAGACAAUGCCUCGGGACCAUCCAUAAGUCCAGGGCUGCACAUUGCUGCUUCUGCCUGAAAGGAAAUUGAUUUAAAUUGACUGAAAUGAAGUCUGUAUUUAUUUAUUAUUUUUUUAUUUUAUAUGUUAAAUUUGUUGUAUAUUGGCAAAGCAUAAGCUGCAUUUUUAUUUUUAUUUUAGUUUUUUGUUCUAAACAUGUUUAAUUUUAUCAGGCACCUGGAGCUGUAACUGUUCAAUCCAAAUGUAUCUAAGAUGUAAUGCCAGAGAAAAGGAAUGUGUUGCGUUUUUCCACGAUCUAAUGGCAAUAUAUGUAUAGUGGCUUCCUGUAGCUCAUGGAAACAGGACAAAAUGGCAGGACCCCUGCAACCUCAUACAACACUGCUGUGCAUCACGAUUGUCAAUGUUCUCUCAUAUCAAUUAAAAUGAAAUAUCCUAAGCAUUAAAAA